GAUUUUCAAUUCUUCGUUCUUUGACAUACGGCCAUUUUGAUAGCAUUGGUGUGUUAUAUUUGUUUAAAUUUCCAAACGGAUAAUAAACUUAGUUUCUAAACAAGUGAAAACAUUCCGAUGCUUUUAGUUUAGUUCAUAGUUCGUUAAUUUUAAUCUGCGCGUUUACAAAUAUUAAUGGAAGACAAGUCGUCCCUUAAGGAGCUCGAUCAGUGGAUCGAGCAACUAAACGAAUGCCGUCAACUGACGGAAUCACAAGUAAAAAUCCUUUGCGACAAGGCUAAAGAAAUAUUAUCAAAGGAAUCAAACGUACAGGAAGUUAAAUGUCCUGUAACAGUAUGCGGAGACGUCCACGGCCAGUUCCACGAUUUAAUGGAACUUUUUCGUAUAGGUGGCAAAUCUCCCGAUACGAAUUAUUUGUUCAUGGGUGAUUAUGUAGAUCGUGGAUAUUACUCAGUUGAAACAGUAACAUUAUUGGUAGCAUUAAAAGUUAGGUAUAGGGAACGAAUAACUAUUUUAAGAGGAAAUCACGAAUCGAGACAAAUUACUCAAGUAUAUGGGUUUUAUGACGAAUGUUUGAGAAAAUAUGGAAAUGCCAGUGUGUGGAAAUAUUUCACUGAUUUGUUUGAUUACCUACCACUUACCGCGUUAGUCGAUGGUCAAAUAUUUUGUUUACACGGUGGUCUGUCACCUUCUAUCGAUACAUUGGACCAUAUACGUGCCCUGGACCGUCUUCAAGAAGUACCGCAUGAGGGACCUAUGUGUGAUUUACUUUGGUCAGAUCCUGAUGACAGAGGAGGGUGGGGAAUAUCUCCGCGAGGAGCUGGUUAUACUUUCGGUCAAGAUAUUUCAGAAACGUUCAAUCAUUCUAACGGUUUAACUUUAGUAUCACGAGCACAUCAGUUAGUUAUGGAAGGCUACAACUGGUGUCACGAUAGAAAUGUAGUUACAAUUUUCUCCGCCCCGAACUACUGUUACAGAUGUGGUAAUCAAGCUGCUAUUAUGGAAUUAGACGACGGUCUAAAGUAUUCAUUUUUACAAUUUGAUCCGGCACCGAGACGCGGAGAACCACACGUAACUCGUAGAACACCCGAUUAUUUUUUAUAAAUUUCUGUAUUAAUAUUAUUUCUAUUACUAUAUUGAUUUGUUAUUAAGAAGAAAAAAAAAAUCCGAUUUUUAUAAACAUAAUAAAAUACUUAUAUACGUUUUUGUGUAGAGGUAAAGAAUGAAAAAAACCCUAUUUCUAAUAUUUAUAAACCUAAUAUUUGUAACGUGUUUGGCACGCGGUUUAUAAAUUUUUAUUUAUUUAUUUUUUUUCUCCUUAAUAUAUCGCAGGAAAGUAUCCGUACGAAUAAAAUGUCUUUGCUCUAUAACGGGAGAAAAAACCGAUAGUUUUUUUUAUUCGCCUUUUUUUUAGUAUACAAAAUGGUACAUUUUCGUUAUUCGGAAUUCAUAUCGUAAAUUAUUUUAUUAAGUGCGUGAGAAUGAUGGAGGAGAUAACGAGCGCGAGAUUUUUUUAUGCUCGACCAAAUAAUUGAUAAAUAAAGCGUAACGUAGCAAAAAAAAAAAGUGAAAUUAUACGAUUGUGUAACGAUUGCGAAAACUUGGUGGUAACGAUUUGACGCGCAUUUUGUCAAUAAUUUUUAGUCCCGGGACCAAGGUAAUUUGAAUCUCAGGGGGUUAAAUACGAUAGAAAAACUAGCGACCGAAUUGAUCGAAAAAAUUAAAAAUAAAAUUCCUGUGACAAAAUUUUCAUCGCUGCUGCGUAACGAAAUUGGCAACGUGUUGGAUACUUAACGAAAGGUUUGAAAUUCUGUAAUAUUCUCCUCUUCUCGCCUACUUUACACAUGUAAUCAGGGAUAUAGCUUAGAUUUUAGUGAUAGUUCGCUUUGCUCAUAGCAAGUAGAGCUUAUAUUGAAAACAUUUGUACAUUUUAAUGUAAUUUAUUACCUGUUUUGUUUUUUCUUUUCUGUUGUUUUUCUAACACGUUCGGUUCGCGAAGUGCUUUUUAUUCGUUCUUUGUCAUCCUCUCGUUCUGUUUUGUUUUUUUUUCUGUUUUCAAAUCGUGUGUGUUUUUUUUUGUUGUAAAAAAGUUAUCGCUUUAAUGUUAUCGAGUUGUAACGUCAUUUUUACACCUUAAAAAUAUUUUACAACUCUAAAAAAAAAAAUCUUAACCCACGACUGCUGGACUGCUUCGAUAGCUACCUUCGCUCAUCCCUUGCCUCUCCCAUCUGUUUAUUUUUUUGGUAAAUUGUUCUAGCGUAAUUGUAUAUUUUGUAAAGACGGGUAAUUUUUACUAAUGAGAUUCGUUCUUCGUUGUAUUUUUUCUUUCUGUCCUUUACCCCUUCUGUGUAUUUGUUUUGAAUUGAUUUUCUCUCAAGCUGUAUAGCGAACGUUGGAUAGGUUUCGCGCUUCUAACGAAUGGAUAUUGAAUAAGAAUUUAUUAUUACCGGAUUUAUGUAAUUUUAUAAGUAUUUUGUUGGUUUAUAAAAUGAGCUAAAAAAAAAAAUAGCGCAGCAUCGGUCGAGUUUUUUUUUUACGAGAAAAAAACCCAAUUCUAAAUGCGUACGAUAUUUUAGUAUUAUCGGUUAUAUUUUUGAAGACAGGUGCUAGUUAUACGAUUAUGUAGAAACAUUUGAUUAUGUACGAGUUCUGUAAUUACACGUAAAGCGAAGUAGGAUCCACUUCUAGUCAAAGGAAAAAUCGUGUAAAUUUUUUGGCCAUGUAGGAAAAUCGACACCUUGAAGAGAAAUUUCGAUUGUUUUCUCUUUUCGAGUAUUGUGCUAUAAUUAUAAGUGUAAAUUGAAAAUGUUGCAUUUCUACUUCGCUUUACGUUCGAUAACGAAAUGCAAACGAGUCUGUAUAAAUGACUGUGUUCGCAGUAUGUGGCUGAUUGCGUAGUUUGACGUGAUCGUGUGUAAAAUUUUACCUAUUACUUGAAAAAAAAACACAAAAUCCCUCGGUAGGUUUCUUCGUACGUACGAUAUGUUUGCUUUUUGUCGUUUCCACCACACUCUUCUCUGUUUUUUCUACGAGUGAAAAAAAAAAUAUGGAAUAACUAACGAAAACGUGUAUUGUAAUAUGUUACUAUUCUUUACAGUGUAAACUUUAGUUGAAGUUAACAAUUAUCGCAUUGUGUCCUCAUUAAAAAUUUUAUUUAUUUUUAUGCGCUUAAAUUAUAAUAAAUUUAUAUCAGCAAUAAAAGUUGCAUGCUACUCAUUGUGUGAUAUUUCAUUUGUCGUAUUUUUUCCCUAUUCUAAGCGUGCCGUGCGUUUGAUGAAAUCACUGUGUUUGUGUACCGUUUGUUGUAUGAGCUCUUGGCUCUUGAUUGAAGGUGAAGGUUGGUCAUUGGCGAAUCGCUGCCUUCGACGAGGUGUUAUUUUUCAUCUCAAGUUUCCUAGUCGUCUUAUUAUUAUGUAAACACGAGAUAUUUUUGUAUUUUUUUUUACACGAUCAAAGAUUGUAAUUAUGGCAACGGCAGAAAAUCAUGAUUCGUUUGAAGAUCACGCUGAAUUCAAGUUGGGAGGGGAGGGGGGAUGUUGAAGUUGAUUCAUUUUUCGUGACAACUCGAAUAAUUAUUGGAAGAUUCAAUGAGGAAAAAAAUAGGUGAUGAAUGAUAUGAUGUUCUUGAAAUAGGUAUUCGUUAUUUGCCACUACAAACAUCCAAUUUAAAAAAAAAAUAGGGAGUAGGGAUGAAAAAGUCACCCUAAAGUAGUUUUGGAGAGGAGUGGGAUAGAAGACUUCUAGGAUUUCCAUUCAUUUUUAUUUUUGUUAAUGAAUGGACAAAAGUUUAUUAUGAGCCAAUGAAAAUAAAUUAACCUACUGUUUUUAUUACUUACACAAAAUCUUACCAUUCUUUUGAUUCAAAAAGUGGUAAUUUUAAAAAUGGCAAUACCACAAGCCCUUCAUUUUCCAAUAAAGACUUAUUGGCAGAGAAAACAGAAAUCAGACGCUGCAAUUUUUGAUGCUUUUAGAACUUGGCCUCAAAUCUACAAAUUUAUUUUGGAUCCAGGGAAAACGACGAGGAAAAAAUUUUCAUUUAGAAAAAAUUAACAUUGUUUUUUAUGAAUUAAAAACAAAAUAUUUUUCUAAAACGUUAUCAUAAUUUAAAAAUGAGAAGAAAAAUUCUGAUUCAAAUUUGCAUUUAGAAUAAUUACCUGCUCAAUUUUCAAAAUUAUGUAAUUUUUUCAAAUCUUGGCUCAACUUUUUGCGAAAAAAAACGAACCAAAAAUGCUGAUAAUACUUAUCUCAACAUUUCACUUCAAAAAUCUCACUUUUUGUUAUAAUCGCCCAACAAAAAGUUAAAAACUGUAAACUUUUCGCCUUUUUACUAAAAAUGUUGAAAGUUAUUUGUACUCAAAAAUCCAGUAAUUUUUGCAAAAAUAGUUUUUCACCAAAAUUUGCCAAAAAAUCACGUUUUUCACCAAAAAUUAAAGUCACGCUUUUUGCCUAAUUCCGAAAAUUUUAUAUUUUGCACCAAAAUUUCCAAUGCUUCACUUUUUUCCCAAAAAAUCAGUCAAAAGUCUCUUUUUUUCAGAAAUUGUCAAAUGCUAUAAAAUUGUCUAAAUCUGCUGGAAAUUCUCAUUUUUUUCCAAAAAGCUUUUUUGUUUUUUUUUUCAAAUAAAUUGUAAAAGUUUUGAUUUUUGCCAAAAAUUACUCAAAGCUUUCACCUUUUUACUAAAUCUCAUUUUUUUGUCUGAAAAUUUCGAAAAAGUUUCAGUUUCUGGCCUAAAAUGGCUAAAAGCCGUGCAUUUUGCUAGAAUUUUCAACGUCUCGGUUUUUGCCAAAAAUCAACGAAAUAAGUUAUCUUAAUUUUUAGACAAAAAUUGCGACCAAGUGUUACUUUUUUCGUCAAUAAUUUCCAAAAAAAACCUCCUACUUUUCGCCAAAACUAUUGAAGUCUCGAUCGAGUUUUAUUUUGUGAUUUUUUUCUGCAUUAAAAUGUUUAGCUCACGUAUAUCACUUUUUUGGAUGCUUAUAUAUAGUGUAUUUUUUUGGAAAAAAUUGAUACAUCAAACCUUGCAUUAUUGAUUUACUUUUUUUUAAGGGUUGCGAAGAGCACGAGCUUCUUUUUUGAAUUCAAUACUCACCUGAACUGAUGAAAUUUUAUUUGCGUUUCCUUGAAAAGAAGUCAUUUUUCUUCAAUUUUUGGACGCUAUCAAUCUUUUUAGAAUGACAAUUUCUAAUGUUCAAGGUUCAGUUGCAUCAAAACUUUUUGAUUUUUCAGAUUUUGAAGUUCUUUAAAACGUGAAAGUAAAUUUUUUGAGCGAACAGAUCGUGUACUUUUUCAUAGAGGGCCUCUAUUUUUACUCGUAUCAUUUAAAAAAUUUCAAAUUAUAAUUCAAACAUCAUAAAACUUGAGAAUUUUACCAUUUUGAGACAGUAGGUAGGUACUAGGUAGAUUACUUGCCUCAUUCUUUAAUAUUGAACUUCAAAAGUCGGCAUUCAAAAAGAAAAAAAUCAUACUUAAUGCAGGUAAAAUUACCACAAUUUACAUUUAAAUUACAAAAUUCAUCGGGUAACAAAGUACAUUUGACGUUCUGAAUAAUCAAUUUCAGAAAAUCCCACAAAUAACUAAUAAAAUUGGAAGUGAAAAGAACAAUAGUGUUGAAACUUUAAUGCAAAGUUCACCUAUAAGACUCGUAUAAAACACUCGGUAGGAUAUCAUAUCAAUUUCCCAUCAAAGAAUCGUAAAAAUCUCAAGGAAAAUUGAGCGUAUUUAAAAAUAGGGUACAAGAACCUCACAACUUAUCAGAUUUUUCACAAGGCCAAACACACUUUAUUUCAAAUUUCUCAAAUAUUUCCGUAUCGUUAUUUCAAUAUCUCUAAUUGGUAACCGCUAAGCUCAAUAUUUGUAAAUAGAAAAUACAUAAAUCAAUGUAAGAUAUGAUCAAUUACGUUUUCAGUACUAUUGGCUUCAUUUUCAUGAUGGAAAAAUUUUAUCGAGUGAUUAUCGUUGAUGCGUGGUAAUGGUAUCUCACCAAUAGUCAAUGCCCUGAAGUGAAAAAUUAUCUAUAUCUUUCGUUUUGAAAGAAUACUCUCAAAGUAAUUCUAAAUCAGUUGGUUAUAAACAAAAACAGAAACGAAUUCACGAGAUGAAAAAAAGUGAUACACGCAAUUAAUUAAAACACACCAAAUACGAAAUUUAAUUUCAUUACAUUUCAGUCUUUUCGCAUUAAAAAUUAAAAUUGUGCGCUUAAUUGGAUAAAAAAAAACACAAAGAUUUAGGUAUACAAUACGGAACAUGAAACCCACAACACCAAUAAUGAACCAAACAACAUUGUAACAUAAAACCACACGAUAAUCAAAAGAUCUUGUUCGAAAACAGGAAAAUUGAUGAGAGAAAAAAAACUGGGAAAACGAGGAAAGAAAAUUAUAGCUUAGGAAUAUCAAGCUAAACGUAUCAAUUUUUUCAAAAGGAUUGAAUUUUGAUUAUGAAAUGACCCAUGUUUAAAUGCAUUCAUAUUUUUAGCCUUUCGCUUUAUAGUUUCAUUCCGGUAUCGAGUUGUAAUGUUUGCUUCAUGAGUUCGUAAACUGAAAACGAAACUGCUACCAUAGGUAUGGCUCGCAAAUAAUUUAUACUCAUGCCUCGAUAUAAGCCAUGAACAACUCCAUUUGAUUGAUAGAUUUCAACCAAUGUGCUUACCAUACCUUUCCUGAAAUUUAAACAAGCGUUAGUCAUUUAUUCGGAUUUAAAAUAUGUACGAUGAUUUCCAGUGUGCAAAAACUAACCCAAAUUUUUGCGUUUCGGGGUUCAUCAUAGCUAACUGCAUUCUCCUCCUGGUUACAUCUAGAGGAUAAGAAAAGCUUUGUGCUAUGGCUCCGGCGAAACCGCCACAAAGAAGCUUAGCAGGAACCGUCAAAACUACUCCUCCUAGAAGAAAAAAUUCCAUUUGAAUUUUGAACGAUCCAAAUACUCGUUAAUUUUCUCAUUUAGGUAUGCAAAUUAUACCUGUGUUACGAUUACACGGAGUACAAGUCCACUGAGGUGCGUACUUCAUACAACUAUAUUUCAACAUUUCAAAAGUAUAAAAAGAGAAUCCAGCGUACGGAAACAUACCGCAUAAAGUUGGUAAGAAUCCCCUGUAUAACCCGCGAAUUCCUCCUUCCUGUUGAACAUUAUCAUGUAAAUUAUUUUUCAUUAUUUCAUGCAAAUGAGAAAAACCUUAUUAUAUUACAUUAUUGACAUUGGAAGUACGAUUUUAAAAUAAAUUCUCAGCGAACAAUACUAACUUGCUUAACAAUGCUCACAGCUGUGUGAACUAUUCCCCGGUACCUGUGCUGUCCUGAUACUUGAAAUGCUAAUCGUGCUCUAAUCGUAUCCAAUGGAUAGGUUAAUGCUACAGCAGUGACUCCUGCUAAUGAUCCACUCAAGAAUUUGGCCACGUGGGAUUUAUUUCCCAUAACCGAAGUUAAAAACUAUAAUAACGAGAUGAUAAUUUAUAAAAAAUAAAAUCAUAAGACAGAGUGACAGAUUGUAGGUAUAUAAAUAAAACACGUGAUAAUGCUUACACUUUUGUACAGUUCAAAGGAGGUGAACUGAGUUGCUGCAUAAGGAAAUAUACGAACCAUCUGAGCAUUAUUUCCUUUAUACAAGGCGAAAAAAGAUUCCCUUUUCACGAUUUCUUUCAGACCGGUAAACACUCCUAAGAAAAAUAUUGCAUCAUUACCGAUGUAAUUAGUCAAAUUCUACAUUUCAAAAUACGUUAUGAUGAAUUAACCCUUACCAAAUUUUUUGUAAUGAUCAUUGUGAGCUUGUAAUAAGAUUUUAAUUCUAUCCAAAGGAGCUACAGCUGUUUUUGAGCACAUUCCAGCAACUCCUAAAAAAAUUUCAUCAUUCAAAAUUUGAAAGCACGUGAAACUUAUUUUCUAAAAAAAAAAAGGAAAAUGCUUACCUCCAGCUAGAAGUGAUUUUAAAACGAAAUUCAGAUCCUUGUCGCUACUCAUGAUGAAAUUAUUGCAUUAAGUACAGAAUGGUGCAGAACUUCAAGACAUUCUAGGUACACAUACCUAACGGAGAAAAAAAUCGUGUGACAAUAUUGAUUCACUAAAUUUCUAAUAGACAAUGCUGAAUAGAGCAGUUAAUAAUAAUGUUAGAUAAUUACCGUAGUACUCCUUUUUAGUUCGAUGGAGGGGUAUCGUUGAGAUUGAAGAAAGUGGAAAGUGAAACUAACAUUAACAUAACGAAGAAUGUGAUGGCAUAAGAAGAACACGGUACAGUACUAAAUUAUAAGCCGUGAAAAGUGAAACCGGUAUCUGCUCAGUUAUAUCUCUGUAGAAUUCUUGAUGAAUGCUCAUCCGUAGAUACGCAUCAAAAAAUUGAAAAACAGGUCACUAGCUAGAUACAAAACCUGUUUUGAAGUUCAAGUUCAAAAAUAUUUUAUUUGAAUUUCAAAUUAUUAUCACAUCCAACGUUCUUAUCAGUAUACUGGAUAAAUCUAUAAAACUGCGUAUUUGGCUACACUGGAAUCCAUCCACCAAUCGCAAGCACGGAAAUUAUAUUUAAGCAUUUUAAUUGGUUAAUUUCUUGUGAAAACAAUGCGCAAGCGCGUGUCUGAAAGCUUACAAAAAAAAACAAAAACAAGAAAAACAAAAUUGAACCACGAAAGUUUCAACUUUUGAGUUUCGAACUUUCUUUCUUUCUUUCUUUCUUUUCUUUUUCGUCAAAUAUUAAUGCUAUGAAAUAAUUGCUAAAUUUCUGUAAUUUAAUCAAGUAAUAUUAGGAGUAGAUAAAAAUUAAUUAGUAUGGAAGAUCCUAAAGUGAAACGAGAAGCCAGACGGCGUAAAAUCUUGGAAAAUUCCGAAAAACGAUUGCAGAAAAUUACUCGUUGCAAAUUAGAAGAAAACGACAACAUUGAAGAUGUUCCAGGAAUUAGCAGUAGCAGCUCAGGGCCUACUAAAAGAAAUAUUGGUGAUAGUGCCUCUGUGGCAGAAGAGUCUCAACCAAACGUAGCACCGAAGCAGGAUGAUGCUCACAAAUUCUUUGAAGAUUUGAAUCGUGCUGGACAUUUGUCAGACUCUAUGAUGGCAGGAUUAAAUCGCGUCAAGAGUGAUGUCGCACCUCUACUGGGAACCCCUGCCCCAAAACGUGCCCCUACCGAUGAGAAAUUUUGGAAAAAAUUAGGAUUCAAACUUACACUAUUGGCGAUAAUUGUUCGCAUAAUACACAUUUUCAAAUUGGGCUAUCUCUUCGGUGAAACCGUAGUAAUUCCGUUCGCACUAUUCAUGAUGACUCAAUUGGGAAGCUAUCAAUUUGACCAACACGCUUCUGGAAUUUGUGGACCUAUAUUGAUAUUUGUUGGAAUAUCGCCGACGAAGACAAAAAAUCUUCUUGUAUGCUACAACGUUGUAACUUCGAUUUUAGUAUAUUUCGCAAUUUAUUUCUUUUCGUUCGUUUGCGCGCAUUUAACUUUCAUGACGGUAUUUGGAUUGUGAAGCAUAAAUGAAGAAUAUUGAGAGAUUACCUAAUUGGUUGUGUAUUCCGCUUUUUUAAUUUUCUUCUAUGCUAGUCAUAUGUAUCGAUUAAGUGUUGGUUUUAUUGGUUUUUGUUCCAUCCAUCGAUAUAUUUUAAACGUAUUAUCUAAGUGCUUAAACGUUCCAUUACAAUAUUGUUCGUUGAAAAUAUUUUGUUAAUCCAUUUUGUAUAUUCAGUUUUGUUCCAUUGAAAGUAACUUGUUACCGAUAACUGCCAGUGGUGCAUAUUCAAUGUCAAUGCUUCAUUAUCAAUAGAUUCGAUAUCUUUGUUAAGGUUUUUCUUUUUUACGUUCAUUUUACAUAUUCUUACACUGUUUUCCAUGAUAUUUUCUUUAAUUUUCUUUAUGAUCAAGUAAACACUAAUGGUUAAUGAUGGAAUCUCUUUGAAUGUAAUGGUGUGUCGUAUCGUUUCAUUCCUUCCAAAAAUUGUAUGUUUAAAUAGUAAACGUAUGGAAAUGGUAAAUUAUAAUGUAUUCUAGUCAAUAAAUGUGUGUGCGCAUAA